AAUAAAUAAUUACCAAAUGGCUCCAGAAGAGGGUAUUAUUCUAUAUUCCCAGCCGAUCUUCUUCUUCUUCGUGACUCCUCCGCAUCUCUGAAAAACGCAAGCCCUAGAUUUCUGCAUCCGCCGUCGAAUUCGACCAUGUCCGCGCACAGCCUAAACCUCUGCGGGGUGCUGUCGGAAACCAAGCGGAUAAUCAGCGCCCACUCCCGACAUUUCUUGGCCUUAUCCGUUUUCUUUCUCCUCCCGCUCUCCUUCUCCCUCGUCGUCUACCCUCUCCUCUGGCGGUCUCCGCCGACGCUUUCUCACCACCAUAGAUCCCUGUUCUCUUACACGUCGUCGGAUCCGGACAUCCCUUCCUUGGACGAAGCCCAUCUCCUCCUACCGAGUGUUUACGCCCUUUUCGUGCUGCUUUUCUCGCUUUGCGGGACGGCGUCUAUUACGUACAGUACCUUCCAUGGAUUCUAUGGCAGGCCUGUGAAGCUGAUUGCUUCGAUUAAGUCUGUUCUGUUUUCAAUCCUCCCCUUGAUUGUAACCCUAGUUCUUGUCCAGAUCAUCGUGGGAUUGGUGGCGGCUGCUUUUGGGGGUUUCACGGCUUUGGUCUACAACGGCUUCGUGCUGUUAGGGUUUGAAAUUGAUUACAGAAAUGCUUAUUUUGCAGGCCUUCUUGUUGUGAUCGUGGCCCUGCUACUGGGCGUGUUGAUUUUCUUGAAAGUGGAGUGGUAUUUGUCGAGUGUUGUAGUGGUUGUGGAGUCUCGAUGGGGCUUAUCGCCAUUGAAGAGGAGCUCAUAUCUGGUGAAAGGGAUGAGGAAGGUUGUGGUUCUGAUGAUCUUGCUGUUUGGGGCAUUGAUUGGAUUUCUGGCAAUGUUGUGUGCUAGUUUGGUGCCUAAUGUGGAUGGGAAUGGGAUUAGAGAAGGGUGGAUUAGCUGGGCAUUUAUAUUUCAGACAGUCCUGUGCACGGCAGCCUUGACAAUCGUGAUGCUUUACAAUGUGGCGGCGAAUGCCGUGCUGUUCAUGUACUGCAAAGCGUUGCGCGGCGAGCUGGCGUUUGAGAUUGCCGAGGAGUUUGCAAGGGAGUAUGUUAGUUUGCCUUUCGAUGAUGGGAAAGCGCCUCAUGUUGUUUAUGUUGUCUGAUUGAGGCUGCGAGUGUUGCAUGCAUCAUCGAUGCUUCUGUUGUCUGGAUUAAUUGCUUUUGGUGUUGUCUAGUUGUUUGUGUUGUUGAAUGUGUCUUGUAUGAUAUUGAAGAUGUUCUUGUUGGCUGUAUGAACACUAAGAACUGUGUUGUUGUAUGCGUAACAUAAUUUUUAGGGUGUA